UGCUGUCUGGUUGGCACAUAGGCCACAGUUAUAUUUAGCUUGUGUUUUGCAAACUGACCUGACCUAUUUUCCCCAUUGGUGGCCAACAGAGAACCAGAGAAAGGUCGCACCAGAGAAAGUAAGACGAGGGGAGGACCGUGGCUGUUGUGACAUGGCCUGCAGAAAUCCAGAGCUGGUGCCGUAUACUGUCAGAGCAACACCUUCUCCUGUGUUAUGCCCCGAUAACGAUAGUUCCAACGAGGAGGCUGAGAUAAAUGUGAUGAUACCUGACACAGUUCUUCACAUAGAGACAGAAUCCUUCUUUGUGAACCGUCAACAGCUGGCUCUUCAGAGCCCCUAUUUCCGUGCACUUUUCUAUGGCGGCGGCAGAGAGAGUGGCAAGCGCCACGUUGAGAUCAAAGGUGUGGGUGCGGACCAGUUUCGUGUCCUGAUGGAAUAUACCCAGACAUCCAAGCUAUCUCUCAGCAGAGAAAAUGUCCUGAGGAUCCUAGAGACAGCAGACUUCCUCCAGCUGGAGAGACCCAGGCUCCUAUGCUGCAAGUUCCUGGAGAGAGAGCUGCAUCUAAGCAACUGCUUGGGCAUGAUGUCCUACGCUUGGCAGCUGGGAUGCCGGGAGCUCUACACAGCAGCACGUGAGGUGGCUCUAACCCACCUACCUGCUAUCGCCACAGAGGAGGACUUCAUGUAUCUGUCUAAGGAAAGUGUGGCGGACCUUCUUGCCAGUGAUAAACUAUUUGUACCCAGGGAGGAUCAAGCCUUGGAGAUGACCUUACGCUGGGCAACCUUUGACCCCAGUCGGGAGGAGGACUUCAUGGAGUUGGUGGAGCUGGUGCGACUAGAGAGCCUGUCUCUGCCCUACAUCACUGAUUUGCUUACCAGGCUCAAAGGGUCUGACCCACAAGCCAAACUCAUCUGUAAACUGAAUGAAAAUUUUCCUACUAGCUGGUCUAUGAGCAGGUCCAUACCUCGGGCCAGCGAGACACUGUACAUACUCGGAGGGCCCCAUGACCAGGACAAGCAGUCUCUCUACCAGUUUUACCCCCACAGUGGGAGAUGGCAGUCCCAUGCACCACUUCAGAGGAAGAAUCUCACACAGUACUCUGUGGCAGCAGUAGGAGAAAACAUUGUAGUCACCGGAGGAAACUUCCGUGAUGAGAUCUUUUGGUACAGCGUGGACUGGGUGCGGAUAUUCCAGUGUGGGAACAAGCGCUGGGUGGAUGGCCCUCCGCUGCAGAAGUCCAGGCACAGCCACUGCUCUGUGGGCCUGGGGCAGGAGCUGUACGUCCUGGGGGGCACCAUGGACGAGGGGCCUGUGGCCCACGUGGAGAAGCUGCCGCUGGGAGCACAGGUCUGGGAGGAUGUCAGCCCCAUGGUGCGGGCUGUGGAUAGGGCUGCCACCGUUGCUCGCAAUUUCUGUAUCUAUGUCGCCUGUGGACUGGAUGAGAAUGGGGAGGUGUACAGUGGCAUUCAGAGAUACCUGGUGAAGGAGGACCAAUGGGACGUGGUCACCUACUCCCCUCUGCCCAGGUAUGACCUUCUUGCAACAGUGCUCAACGGGGCCCUCUAUCUCCUGGGAGGUCAGGCAUUGCGGCUAGAUGUGGAGACAGACGAAUGGACAGUUCUAGAAGAAGAAUGUCUGGACAGAAAGUUCUUUGGUGGCUGCACCACAGUCAAUGGGCAGAUCUACCUGCUGAGCGAGCGAAAAAUGAACAAAGCAUUCCCCAACAUGAUACUGAUGGAUCCUUACAUCGACACCUGCAUGGAAAUAGACAAUGCCAUACCCUGUCCUGUGCCUCUCCGUGGCUGUGUUACCAUGCGCUUGGUCACAUGACACUGGUGAGUUGCCAGUAAUCAUUUAGCAGUUCACAUCCACUCACCAUCUAUUGAAAUGGUCAGACACUUAUCAGCUAUUGAUUUUGCUUUUGAAUGGAAAGGUACAAACACAUUUAUCAAUAGUUUGAUAAAGGUUAUUUAUUGAUUUUGUUGAACUGGCCAGAGUGAACAAAGUUAUGUGUGCAUUCAGAACAAGAUGUGUGUUAUUGCCAUUUGUAUCGUUGCACUAAUAGAACUUGUAAUAAAAUAAACAUCCAAUAAUCAUGAUGGAAGGCCCAUUGCAGUCAAAAAUGUGAUUUCCCCGUGUUUUAUAUAUGCAGUACAUUUCCACACUAUGAGGUUGUGAACAUUUGAACAUGCUGAUAAUGCCCUUCAUCCCACCAAAAUAGUCAAACAUUUCAGGCGGUCUUCUCAAACAGCUCUUAAAAGGGAAUUAUCAUCAUUUUCACAAUUUCACAGUUAAUAGACCAAGAGUUCCAAACGUCUCUGCCAAUAACAGCUACUUUUCAGUUUUCCCCUCCCCACUCAGACCACUAACAGACAGUUCUAGCUAAAUUCUUGAUUGAGAAAUUGCUCUUUGCUAAGAAGAUAUUUUUGUAUGUGUUUGAGCAUAACAACUGUGAACUUUAAAACAAAGCAACUGUUUUGGUUAUGCAGAGGUUGUUGAUUCUGCUCUUCACAAGGCCUCACUGUCAGCCCUAGCUAUGGAAACAACAUGUCCCUAGUAUAACAUAAGGGUGUAACACUGGUGUUACAGUACAAAAGCAGCAUUAAGAGUGUGAGGCACACCUAGACCCUGGUAACAACAUAGUCAGUCUCAAAGAAGUGUGUUCCUACCCUGGUCCCAGAUCGGUCGGUAUGUGCUUUAGUCAUCCCAUAUGAUUAUCGCUGUCAUUGCAUGACAAGCUCAUACAGAUCUCUUAUUCCAGUGUGAGAUAGAGAUGAUUGUGAUUGACACGUCUCUGGGCAAAAUAGUAAUUCCAAACCCCCAUCUUUUCACAGCACAGUAGUAUCAUGUGUUUAGUGCUUGAACAUUUUGUCUAUCAAUGACAUCACAUUUUUGCAAAAGCUCCUGUAACCAAUAUGAUUAGUAAAAUUGUAUCGAUUGAGACAUUCCAGUUAUAGAUUCAGACAGAAUCUAAAACAUUGUCAUAUUUUCUAACAAGUGCUUGUGACAGAAAGUAUUAAAGUUCAGUAGCACAGAGUAAAUCAACCUGUUGGUGAAACAUGCUGCAAACUCCUCUCUGUUGCCACAGGGAUAUUCAUAUAAAACAAUUAUAGAAAAACAUUAUUUUUUCUUCUUAUAAAAUGUUAAAUGCCUGGUCAUGACGCUGCUGCCUCCAUAAGGCAGAGUUUCCUGCCCCCGCCCCAACGAAUAGGCAUGUUCUCAUUUUCUUCACUAGAGGGCGAUAUCACAAUUCUAACAAGGAAUAUGGCCAGUAUGACAAAUUGAUGACAAAAAUGAGAAUGCUUGGGAAGUUUGUAUAAAUUGUCAGCUAAAACCACAAAGCUACAGUAACUGCACAUUUCAUUCUAGAGGCUGUCAAUGUUGCCUGAGAUAUCCUUAAUUUUAAUAAAAAGCUAAUUGUUUAAAUGUA